CGGAAGUGUAUGAUCAGCGUUGUUCUCGAGAUGAAUAUUUCGAAGCGAAAAUGGGAGAAGAAAAGCUUGCAUCAUUUUUCUUAAAGGUGCAGGCAGUCGAAGAAACAUUUCUGUUGCUAGAUCCAGCAGAAAGAGGCAGAGCCUUAAAUAUUCUCCAGUCAUCCAUCAACAAACUUCUUAGUUUCUCAGGAAGUGAUAGCACUAACUCACAGUUUGGGGCCAUUCAAAGCAGAAAUGACAUCGCAUCUUCAUCAUUUGCAAACAGUCAUAAUGCAGCCAUUGAAGUGGUUCAAAGAGAUCCUCAUGAUGGAGGACAUGCACAAUCGACAGACAACAGCGGCAUGUCUAGAAACAGGCGGAGGAGAAAGUCAAUCUGCCAGGCUCGGAAGAGGGUUGGCAGUGGCAAACAGUCAGGGCCGUUUUCCACUAACAAUGUUGCAGACAGUAGCUGUUCGGUGCUGGCAUGUGAGCCUGAUAGCCAGUGCCAGACUUCAGAUCUGCAAAAAGCAAAUGUGGCUUCCCAGGACCAGAUGCCCUCAUCUUCUAGUCAAGGGUUAGAAAGCAAGGAGCAUUUUGACGAUGAGUUUCAAGAGCUUGCCAGUUUUGAUUGUGCUUAUGACUUUAGCCAAAACCUUGCACAAAACCCAAACUGCUCAGUGCCUGCAACAGUCACUAGUCAUUUGCCCCAUUGUGCUCCGAAGUACUCAGACCCCAUGUUGAACAUCCCAGCACCUCUUGAUAGUGAUGCUUGUGCUCGUACACAGCCUCACUUUGCUACUCCACUGGUUAACGCAUCUGACCCUCAUGCUCACAAUGAAGCCAACUGCGGAGUUUCUAAUGCCCAUCCCCAGUACAGUGCAAUAUUACCUUCGACAUCCCAGACCACCUGUGACCUGUCCCAUCCACAAUACACCGGAGCUGUGGUGUCCAUACCAGCCGUCCACACAAGUGGCAGCACACCACAAUAUGCAGUUGCUGUUCUGGAUGUUUCUGCCACUCAAGCCAUCCCAGCAUGCAAUGCACAUCAAGAGCAUGCUCAAUAUGCUGGGACAAUUUUCACCAUGCCACAGCACGUUGCCAGCUGUGCUUCAGCCCAUUACUCUGGACAAGUCCUUAACAUGGCUUUAUCAGAGGGAUCAAGGUACAGCUCAGCUCAUUAUAGUGGCACCGUUCUUCAUAAUCCUAACCCAAGCUGUGAAACUAGCAGUCAUCAGCAGUUUGAGAGUUCUGUUUUGGACAUGUCAACAGCUGGCAGCAACCAUUGUGAAGGGUCCCUGUCACAGUCACAUGGUCAGUAUUCAAACACAAACUUUGACAUGAGUUCAGGCUCUCCAGUAGGUACAGGCUGCAGUGCUGUGCACUAUAGGGGAACAGUGUUCGACCCUGUGGCCCACGCUGCCUUUGGGCAAGGUCGAGAGAUCAGUCAGGUAAUGGUCAGUGCUUCUGCUCACUUUCACCACCAGCUGCAACAACAGCAUCAGCAGCAUCUUGCAGCUGGAAGGUGGCGACUUUUCGUCUGUCGUGGAUGUGGAGAGAUGUUAACACAUCAUCGCUCAGUUAAAGCCCAUGUUCUCAGUCAUGGCUCAAGUCCUGUCAGCUGUCGCUUUUGUCAUCAAGAGCUCUUUAAUGAGGUGGCUUUCAUGCACCACCUGUGCACUGGUCUGCAGUGGAAGGAAAUAGCUUUCCUGAGCAAAGAGAUCCAUAUGUGUGAUGAAUGUGGCAAGACUUUUACCUCAAAAAGCAAGCUAAAAUCUCAUGUGACAGGCAUCCACCAGCAGCAGGUCCCAGAGAAUGCAAAGGUGACAUGCAGGUUUUGUGGCCUGCAGUUUAACAAGAGGUAUAUGCUGUUUAUGCACUACAGGCAGCAUGCAGGAGGCAGGUUUGUGUGUGGCAUGUGUGGCGCCAUGCUGAAUGACUUUGUUCAAUACUCCUGGCAUAUGUGUAGUCAUGAGACAAGACGACAGAGAUUUCAUUGCAGGCAUUGUCAGAAGACAUUUAGACGGUCUUUUCAGUACAGACAGCACCCUUGCCAAAAGUCAAAGGUGACAGACAUGAGGGUGCGUGGCUGCAACCACAAGAAUGCCUUGGCAAAGUACCAGGCUAAAAUCUCUGCCAAGGUGAAGAAGAAGUUGAACACAUGCAACAGUUCAAACGACAACAAAGAGUUGAAGUGUGGCAUUUGUCGCAAACAGUUUGCAAAGGCUAAACAGUUGGAGCUACAUUCGAGACUCCACACAGGUGAGAAGCCUGUCCAGUGCACUCUUUGCUCCUUAAGUUUCCGUACACCUAAGGCACUGGCCAAGCAUCGGCAGACCAUGGGACACCGCCAACGUGCAGGCAAAUCUGAUGAACGACUUUACUUGUGCAGUGAGUGCGGCAAAUCCUAUUUCAGACGUCCAGCUUUGCAGAGACAUUUGCGGCACCACAGAAACAGCAAGCCCUUUGCCUGCCAGUAUUGCAAUUUCCGGUGCAGCGAACAAGAUAAUCUUCGUAGUCACACUGCUCGCCAUUUUUCUACUGAACGGAACUUCAUUUGUGAACUGUGUGGGGCUGCCUUCCAUGCAAAGAAGACACUGGAGAUGCACCACAGCUACAAGCACAGCUCAGAACGUCGUUUUAAGUGUCCAGACUGUCCGAUGACAUUUAAAGCUCGUAAUGCUCUUGCGCGCCAUGCUAAGGUGCAUUCACGCACAAAAGAACAUGGCUGCUGGUGUGGUGCAGCCUUCAAUCGCCUCUACAAUCUCCGGCGCCACAUGCGCCUCGUUCAUGGAAAUGAUGAAGCUCUCCCACCAGUGCGUAAAGUGGAGGUCUUGGACUCUGAUCAGAGCAUCAAGCAGCCAGUUAGCACUCCUCCUGCCAAGAAGAUGCUGGUCAAAUCCAGAAAGGUCAAGGCUGAUUGUCUUCAGGAAGAGCAAAAAGCUGCUGCAGCAGCGGUCGUUGUGGGUGGUGAGGAGGAGGAACAGAGGGUAGACAGUGGGGUGGACGUGGGGGUGAUGGACAAUGAUGGCAUGCAUCUCUUGUCACAGGUGGCAAUGUCCAUGCCUGCACAUGACCUCCAGCAGCAGGCUGUCAGUUUGGAUGGGGUAGAGGCCUACCCAGGCCUGUCCUCUACUUCCAACAGCAGUGGGGUGGGCCAACCUCAUGAUGCAGUUCACCACCCCUUGUCUCAUCCCCACCCCCAUCUGGCAAUGGACCCUCACUACACCAUGCAUCCCCACCACCAUGACCCCCAGCAGACUCUGGUCGCCACAAAUAGCAGAGCUGAACCAAGCCAUCCCCUGUCUCACCUCCCUCACCACACCCUGGAGUAUAAUCAGCUGCAGACCUUACCUGCUAUGGUGCCAUACACCAGUGCCAACACCAGCAGCGCAGCAGCUGGCAUGGUGGAUGCAAGUGUGCAGCGACAGCACAACUUCUAUGUUCCUGGAAGUGAUGGUGCAGGCACAGGAAUGGAAGGACUGCAACAACAGCAACAGCAGCAGCAGACGUCUGGGGACUAUACCAGCACGUUUUCAUUCAUUCAAAAUUUCCUUCUUCCCUCAGUAGGUGUCGCUAACUUGAUGGAUCUGGCUCAUGCUUCUGGAGCUAAAUAAACUCCACUUGCUAGUAAACCCAUUCAGAGUUCAGGUAAUGAUGAGCUAAGAACAGAGCAGUAAUUAGAGUCUGCUGAACAAAGUCGUCAAAUCAGGUCUGUAAGAAAAUUUGCUUAUGUGCAAACUGUUUUGGAGGGAGGUGGGUUUAAUUUAAAAUGUAUCCAUGAAUCUCUAUUCAGUAACCUUUAUACGAGAUUUCGAUAUUUCCCUGUAGUUGUGUGGCUUUCAACAAGAGCAAAGUCACGGUCAAAGCCCUCAGAUUAGUAAAGUGAGAUCUGAAUGGUGGAGGUGCAAUGCUUCAAAUACCUGGGUGUGACUAUCUGGUAGCUGCACAGUGGAUGGUUAUCUUGGGAUCACAGCAGCAACAGUUGCAAUGGCCAGGCUCAAAAAGAUUUGGGACAGCAGCAAAUCCGCACCAGUUUCAGACUUUACAAGUCUCUUGUUGUCCCACCCAUCAUGCUGUGUGGCUGCAAGACUUGGGCCUUUCUCACAGAAUAUAAACAACGUAUCGAGGUGUUCAAAACAAAGUGCUUCAGGAGACCUCUUUGGAUAUCCUACUGGGAACAAAAGAUGAUGAUUUUGUCCGAAGUAUCUGCUUGAUAGAUGUCCAGGAGCCUCUUUCUACUGUCGAGCAGCAGAAGCUAGCAUGGUUCAGUCAUGUUGUCCAGCAUGACACCUUGCGGAAUAUAAUCCUCAAUUGAUACCGCAGCAAAUGAAAGGAAAGCUGGGUGAUGAAUUUGAAUGAGUGGACCACUAAGGGACUUUCUCAAGACCACCCUGGUGGUGGGCAUUCACCAGUACUAGUGUGUCUCCCCAAUGACAAGGGAUGAAAAGAAGACUGGCACAUUCAUCCCACUGUCUACUUGGACUUGACACAAGCUUACCAUAGCAGCCUUUUGUUAUGUGUUUGCAUGAGUGCAUUGUGUUUAUAACCUUUUCAUCCCUUAGAUUAUAGACAAGCAGACAGAUCUCCCAUGAUACUCUGACUGUUACAUCUUAUGUCAUUAAGUGUAGAAGAGAAAUGUUGUAAUUGUAUUUUUAUUUUAUGUAUUUUAGCUAAUUCCGCUGCUUUGUAUGUGGGUGUGUGUAUAUAUAUAGCUUUUGUGAAAGUGAAGCAGAUUAUUAUGUAACUUUGGCUCAUUAUAGCAAUAAUCAAGAUGUAAAGAUAUGUAGGUGAAAUAAGCAGUUUACUUCCUAAUACUGUCAGUUUGUUGUGAGAUGUUGUAGAUAAGUUAACUGAAAUUUUCAUGAACAGCUAUGUGUUAUUGAAUUUUGUGGUCUGUCUUUUCUUCACUUUGCUAAGACUGGGAACUUAAAUGACUGAGAAGUAUGAAAAGGCAUCAGAAAAGUGUUAGUCUGCUCUGCAAGAUCGCUUGCUUCUGUCUGUUUCAUUCUACGUACAGUUGUAUACUAGUCUGUUUUCAUUUUAAAUGCUAAAAACUGGAUUUGCCCUUGCUCAGGUGUGUAAGUGCAUAGCAGACCACUUCUGUGACAUUAACAGUUGAUUUUAAAAAGUGGUUUACUCUUGUUCUGUUCACAGUUUUGUUUCCUGGAAUUAAUAUUGACUCAUUUCAUUUGCAUUUCUCAGGCCUAGGCCCAUAUUGUUUAAUUCUGUAUUUCCAAUGAAACUAGUCUUGACUUCUUUAUUUGAUAUUACAUUGUUGCCACAACAAUACAGUUCCCUGGAAUCUGGAUUUGAAAGAGUCUUUGAGGCAUCCAGAAAGAUAAUUAUUUCCUUAGGUCAUCUCAUCUAGCAAGAGUUUUAUCUCCUUGCUAUUGAAAUGCUUACACCUCAUAAUUAUGUGGUGCUUUGGCAUUUUGGUAUCAUUUACUCUAGUGGAUCAAAUUGGUAAGAUCAGUAUAAAAACUUAAGAAUACUGAUAUUUUUAAUCAUUAGCCUGAUAUGCGAUCAACAGCAUUAUACUUCACUAUCUUUUGUAAAAGACCAAUUUUAAAAAAUUGCUUAAACCAAGUUCUUCCUAUGUUGAAGCAUGUAGUUGCCGUGUUACUAUUUAUAACCCUGUCCGCUGUCACGCCAGUAUUCUCCAGUUUUCUCUUGUUCCAUCACUAUGAUCAAAUUCAUAAUUUUGUGGCAUUAUCUCUAAAUCCAGGAUGUGACCGUAGUUGAGAAACCAAAAGGGAACACCUACAUCAGAAGGAAGCUGAUAUUAAUUGACAACAAAACAUGGCGGCCAGCAUGAACCAGCCCAGGGCUGUGGUUUAGAUGCAAUUUUAAUUAAACAGCAUUUUGAAACCCACUACUUUGAAUGAGAACAAUUGAGCACCUAGAUAUUUAAGCCUAACGUGAUAGCUGGCUUACCAUUCCCUUUAAGUAGAUCACUGUCAAAAUUGUAAUGCUUGCUAAUAGCAAAGGACUAGGAAUUAAAAUAGUUCAGCUGUGCAACAUGAUAGUCUUUUUGCUGGAUGAAUGUUUAUCCAGUAAACAAACAUUUUAAUUCAUGAUUGAUCAAUCAAAAAUAUAGAAAGAUUAUACUUUUGUUUUUACAGUGCAAUAUAUUUUUGUGUAAUAAAAACAUCUUAAUGUUAUUGGUGUUCCCAU